AUGGGUCCAUUUAAGCACUCUGUAGACGACGGACUGGACCUGAGGAAGGCAGCGUUUGAGUGCAUGUACACAUUGCUGGGCACGUGCUUGGACCGACUUGACGUGUUCGAGUUCCUGCGGCACGUGGAGGACGGCCUGCGGGAUCACUACGACAUCAAGAUGCUCACCUACCUCAUGUGUGCUAGACUGGCGCAGCUCUGCCCGACUGUCGUUCUACAGAGAUUAGAAAGUCUAGUGGAGCCCCUGCGAGCGACCUGCACGAUGAAAGUGAAGGCAAACUCCGUAAAGCAGGAGUACGAGAAGCAAGACGAGCUUAAGCGUUCUGCGCUACGAGCUGCCGCCGCCCUUUUACAAAUACCUGAAGCUGAUAAGAACCCACAUUUGAUGGACUUCGUUACGCAAAUUAAGUCCCUACCAGAACUGCAGCCAAUAUUCGAAUCUAUUUUAAAGGACUCAUCAGGCGGCUCCGUCGAUACAAACCUCAUGGAUCAGAGUUAG